UACGUGGCAACCACUUAAACACUACUUUCUUUCCACGAGCUGACCAUCCAGACCGGACCCUCUCGCUUGUGACACGCCAUGUGGGAGACACACGAGCCUCCUAAACGCCACUGCUGGGAAUGUCGCCGACGCAGGCUAGUCUGCGACUUCACCCACCCCGCCUGCAAUCGGUGCUCGGCAUCCGAUGUCGAUUGUCCCGGGUAUGGCGAUACACCGCCAGUGAGACUACGGUGGCUAGCGCCGGGAAAGGUGAAAUAUCGAGUCCGGAAGGUCGCAAGCAACCAGCGCGUCGAAGAUCGGAGAACUGCAGACAUGCCGGACCGAGACAAGAAGACAAACAAUACGGCAGUGCAUUUGGAACUGAAGAGCGAUGUCCAUGUGUUUCUCGAGGCGACACAAUACUGUCAGUACUUUGCAGUCGCCACAGAGACCCUCUGAUCCACUCUAAUUUCCUCCUGCACAGAUAACUCCUGCAUCUACCCAAGCCUCUUGCCCAUGUUGCAACUGGGUCCGACGAGCUCGAUUUACCGGAUCUCGCCCCCUCUCUUCCAGCAGGGCAUGGCUCAACCAGACUACAUCCGCCUUAUUAUUGUCUGCAUGUCGCUCAGCCACCGCGUAAACCACUCACGCAAUGACCCCAGGUCCGCGACCCUAGUAAAAAGCUUCCUGCACUACCGUGGGCUGAUCAUUCGCUCUCUCGUCGAAGAUCUUAACUUAAACCAUAAACGCACGAGUGAUCAUGUCAUUGGGGGCAUUUUAACGCUUCUACUUGUUGACGCUCAGCAAGGCGCCUCAACCAACUGGCGCUGUCAUAUUGACGGUAUUCGGCAAAUCAUGGGGCUGCGUGGCGGCAUCCAAGCGGUGGCUAGGUCUAAGGGCGUUGCGUCGCUGCUGGUCAGCUUCGUAUAUCUUUCCGUUUUCGGGGACACCACGUCUCCCGUGUCAGAUCUUGCCAUGACCGAGUCCGAUCUGGACGGUCUUAAAUUUUUGAUUAAGAGAGACGAAAAUAGUAGCCGUACCUUCAUGUCGAGACCCAGCGCCCUGUUCGCCGAAAUCAUCAACAUAAACUAUCUCCGGGUGCGAGCCUCCACAGACACCACCACAAGCCCAGAAGAUCACAGCCGCAAAGCCUACGAAAUACUCACACGAGUCCUCGAUUUCUCACCCGAAAAAUGGGCCGAGUCCAAGCCUGUCGCAAAAGAAGACUGGCUUCUUCUAGCGAGCAUCUACCAAGCCGCGGUAUCUCUAUACUGCAUCCACUCCCUCCAGAGCAUCGGCGUUCUACCCAUCACCUCUUUCCUGAGAAAGAACUGCACUGCACACAGCCACCUCUUGCAUGUGCUUCUCAGCAAAGCUGUGCUCUCCCUCUCCAUCCGCGGAUUCAUGCUAUGGCCCCUUGUCGUCCUUGGUAUGGAAACCGUCAACGGCGGGGUAUCCGUGCGGCAUUUCAUCCGAGAGGAACUCGUAGAGAUGAGCCACUACACCGGUUCCUACAUGCCGGUGACAGCGAAACAUGUGCUCGAGCGUUUCUGGGACUCGGGGAAUACGCAUUGGGAUGUGUGCUUUGAUCGAUCGUAUGCGUUUGCGACGCUUCUCGCCGCGGACGCGAGCAAAUUAGAGUAGUGUGGUCUGGAACCCUGACGGGUAUCUUAUUAUUCUGUAAAUAAGCAAG